AAUAAAAGUAGAAGAGAUAUAGUUAAAAAAGAGACAAAUAAUAGGGGAGUCAAGUCUCAAGUUGCUAAGGCAGCAAUGAGUAAAGGUAGAAAAUGGAAGAGACAGCAACCAGCAGAAAGGGUGUUUACAAGCAGUGCUGUGAGCAACAAAGAAAACAGUAAUCCCAAGGUUGAAGGACCGACAUCAAAGCCAAAAAAAAAACAACUAACUGUGGACAAUCGAGCACUCACAAGAUGUUGGACUCUGUCUACACCCGACAAACUCAAUUUAAUUUGGGACAUUAUAGCAGGUGCAAUUCGGAGAGCAGCAGAUAAAAAUAUUCCGAAGAAGAAAGUAUCUAGUAGUUCAAACAAUAGAAUGAGAAAGUGCAAGCCAACCAAGUUGCACAAGAGCAUAGUCAAACUAGGUAAAAUAAUCCAGAGGGUUAAGAAAACUGUAACUGGUGGGGAUCAGUCGAUUGAUAUUGAGAUGCUUAAUAAAGAGAUCGAGCAGAUUAAUAACAUGCACCAAGCAGAUAUACCUGGGCUAAGUUGUAAAGUAUACGAAAAAGAGACAUUGUAUAA